GAAUGACACAUCUUUUCUGUGUUUAAAAUGGCAGGUUGGUGUCAAUGAUUCACAUUGAGGAAGCAGAGUUCAGGUUUCUCUGACCCGAAUCGGAGCGGCUCCUAACCCUCAUAAACAAACCUGAGCUGCACAUAAACAUGCAGCUGCAGGAUCGACCUCAGAGACCUGUGAUGUCACAAUCUGCAUCAACAUGCUUCAGUGUAAUCUGUCGAACAUUAAAGAAUUAGUCUGGAUGUCAACAGAACUCUAUUAAAAAUGUUCUUGCUUUUCAGUUUUGUUUCACAUAUCUACCAGUUUUAUAUACAUAUCAUUGCUUUACACAAGUUAAAUACGAAACAUGGUAGCGGCAGCAUCAUGCUGUGGGAAUGAAAACUGGCUGAUUUAAACUACAUGUAGGCCACAAAAUUCUUUGAAUUAAAAUUUAAAAAAUUAGUUUUUUGUGAUUUUUUUAUUUAUUUGCGCAACAAUAUUUAAUCUAAUUUGUGAAUCAUUAAAGAUCCAAGAACAUAAAAACAGCUUCGGACCACUUUUUUCUAUUUUGUUUGCCAAAUUUUUACCAUCCUUGACUCAUGGUCAAGGGACGAACAAAAUCAUUUCAAGGGCCACAAAUGGCCCCCACGCCACACUUUGGACACCCAAGGAAUGGUUUAGAUCAGAGUGACUUACAGGUCAUCCAACAUGACUGAGAUUUUUCUCAAUGUUUCGACCUUUGGAGACAGAAUACAAAUGCAAACCGUACUUUUUAGUUCAUUUUUUAAAUUGAAAAACAGGCUCUAUGUCACAAUUAUGCUAUAGUUUGUGACCAAAAUAAUAAAAAAGUUGGUUUUACAAGGGAAAGUUGAAUAAGUGGGAAAAGCUUCAUGUUUCUGUUGCUAACUUUCAGCUCUGGCUCCAGUGUUGUGGUUUGGACGGCGUCCUUCCAGAUAAGCCAGCGAAUUAACCGUGACACAGCGUCUUCUUCACUCUCUCUUCUCAUCCUUCACAGCCGCAUUCACUCUUCAUCCACAUUUCCUCCAUUUUUACCGUUUCUCCACCAGAAGGCGGUUGAGCUGCCAGCUGAAAUGGGAGAAUGGGACUUACUGGGCCGGCUGCUGGAGAAAGUGCAGAACCACUCCACCGUGAUCGGGAAAAUCUGGCUCACCGUUCUGUUCAUUUUCCGGAUCAUGGUCCUGCAAACCGCUGCUGAAAAGGUUUGGGGCGACGAACAGUCCGACUUCAUCUGUAACACUCAGCAGCCGGGAUGCGAGAACGUCUGCUACGACGUCGCUUUCCCCAUCUCUCACGUCCGCUUCUGGGUCCUUCAGAUCAUCGCCUUGGCAACCCCAAAGCUGCUGUACCUGGGCCAUGUCCUCCACGUGAUUCACCUUGAAAAGAAGAUGAAGGAAAGGAUGGAGAACCAGGCAGAGCUGGACGACAAAGUGCGUCUCUUCCUCAGGAGGGCCGUCAAGGUUCCCAAGUACACAAAAAGCAGUGGGAAGAUCAGCAUCCGCGGUCGCCUCCUCCGCAGUUACGUCCUGCAUCUCAUUGCCAAGAUUGUUCUGGAAGCCUUGUUCAUUGUGGGUCAGUACCUUCUGUAUGGUUUCACCCUUAUGCCCCGGUACGUGUGCUCCCGCUCGCCAUGCCCUCACAAGGUGGACUGCUUCCUGUCCCGACCGACGGAGAAGUCCGUCAUCAUCUGGUUCAUGCUGGUGGCGGCCGUCGUCUCGCUCGCCCUCAGCGUCGCAGAGCUGCUCUACCUGCUCGUGAAGGCGGUGAAGGAAUGCACGGCCAGACGGCAGGACUACACCGUCACCCCGGUGACGCCCCCGAGGUCGAAGAAGAAAGCUUUGCAGAAGCACAGCGAGGUGAUCCAGAACUGUGUCAACCUGGAUCUGGAGCAGCAGGGGAGGAAGUCAGGGAUGAACGGGAUGGUAGGCGCCGUAGACGUGGCGAUGGAGAGCAGCUUUGGGGAGGUCCAGAUCUGAGCCAUGAAUCUGCGUUUUGUUUGCGUCAGCAGAAAGGGACGUCUUGGUGAAGUAAAUAAAGUGGGGAUGGAGUUCACCAUCUUUUUAGACUUAAAUGAGUAAAAAUGAAACGUCAUUAUUUUAAAGGGGACCUAUAGUGCUUCCUUGAACAAGUGGGAAUGGGUCUCUGGGCUGAACCAAACAUGUCUGUUUACAUACACAUCAAAUUUUAGCUUUUUCAGCUCCUUUCAGAAUGAGCUGUUUUUAGGGCUCUGUCUCUUUAAAUCUGCUGCUGGCCACGCCCCCCAUCUGCAAGCAGAGGCGCAACUAUAAAACCGUAGAUCAUCACAUCCUGAGUCCAAACUAAACCCGACAAACAUGCCGGACUUCUACUUGGUUGCUAGGUAACAGGGCUGGGCUCAGCCGGGGUUGCUCGGUAACGGCGAAGCGACUCAAGGUUGUGAUUUAAUAAUUGUAAAGUUUUUGAAACGGCUCAUUUUCCAUACAUCAAAAAACGUAUUGCAAGAAAAUGGCUGUUCUUCUUUUGAAGAACUUUGUUUUCAGAAGCAGUGGAGACCCAAACAGAAGUGAAUUUUUUCAUAAUAGGUCCCUUUUACUACAAAGAUAUUGACAUUUUUUAUCUCAAAUGUAAUUUGAGAUAAAAACACCUUUUUUCUGUCACAAUGUUUUUCCCAGAACUCUUCACAGGGCCUAGUUUUAGAACAAAAUUAUUUUAUUGUUUUAAAAGAGAAGUGAACUGUUUAUUUGCAUCGUUUAAUGUAUUUUUAAUCCAGCUAUACCGAAAAAAAUAUAGUUUCUUUUCUGAAAGAUGAACUUUGCUUGAAUAUUUUAGAUGUUUGCCUUUUUCUUGAAACUUUUUCUGUGAUGAGUUAAAGUUUCCUGAGUUCGUCAGACGUCCAAGAAAAGUUUCUGGUUUUGAUGUAAAUGUCUUUAAUCUGUAUUUUGUUUCUGUUGUUUCCCAUAAUGUGUGCCAGUAUAGUUCAUCAGCACACAUUACUCAUCCUUCGCCCUCUAGUCACGCGGUUCCUCUCUUCAUCCUGGGUCAGCGGUUUUUCUUUGCCACUCAGUUUGGGUGCACAGUUAGUUCUGGAUUCUGUUGCUUGAUAAAGACUUUUACUUCUCUAAACCUCUUGCCUCUAGUGAUGUCGUUUUCAUUUGGUUCUUAUUUCUAUGAAAAGUUAUUUUUUCUAGACAGGAGGGCAUAGAAAGCACACGCUCAUGCAUUUAAAAUUUUCUUCCACAAAACAAAUAUUACACACUGUGAUUAUCUAGUAAUCACUGCGUUGACAUUCAGUGACUCAUAGUAACUCAUACUUGUUGUUUCCUGUUUGACUUUAACAUGAAUUUUGGUGCAGUUUUCUGCACAGCGUUGCUUUCAUGACCCAGCUGCGGCCGGGUUUUGGCCCGGCCUUUGUCUUAGUUUAGAGACGAGUUUAUGGACAACAUAGGUCGUCCAAUCGCCAUGUGAAGUAGAUUUUUCUUUAAUGAGAAAAUGUUUUAUUUGCAUUAUACAGUGUUCUUUUAUGUAUCACACAAAUGUAAUUGUAUCAUAGUCAAGAUGUUUUUCCGUGCAGCUGCAGAGGGUGUACAAACUAACUGAACAAGAUGUGUCUGCUGAAGUUUCCCAGUCUGGGAACUUGCUGAUUUUCCCGUGGCUUUCCCUGCAUGGAGAUAGAGUGUUUAGUUUGCGCAUCCUGUAGACAUGAUAGUGAAAAAGCGUACAAAGUUGAAUUGUUUUUGUUUAUUUGGUCCUUGAAGAUUAAAUCUCCGCCUCUGUGAGCUGAGAGAGGUGAAUAAAGCAACUAUGUAACUGAGUUCGUUAGAGCAGAUUUUGAUUUCCGCCUAAUGCAGUGUGUUUUUGCUCUCUGUCUGUAGAUGUAUUAAAGAUUGUUUUUGCUCCCUGA